AUGGCAGCACGUAGGGCGCCAGCCCGUGUGCCGACCCAGGGCCGCUCCCCUCCCAACAGUGCCGCAGAAGUAUACCAACAGCAUCAAGCCGCUCAAGCAGCGCAGUCCGCCGCAGCAGCGCAGCAAUCUUCACAGCAAGACGCGCUCUCGGUGCUCCUCGUUACCGCCGGCUACGACCAUACCAUUCGGUUCUGGGAAGCAUGGUCAGGCAUCUGUUCGCGCACCAUCCAGCAUCCAGACUCGCAGGUGAAUCGUCUCUCCAUCAGUCCGGACAAGCGCUUUCUCGCUGCGGCCGCCAACACGCACAUUCGCCUCUAUGACUGCUCCAUAGCGUCGCCCGCUAGCAUCGCUGCUGCCAAUGCGGCUGCCGGCGGAGGAUCAGGCGCAGGUGCUUCUGGCAGCAACAACAUCGGUGCACCUGCGCAGCCGAUUGCCACACUUGAAGGGCACACGGGUAAUGUCACGGGCAUAGCAUGGCACUGCGAUAUGCAAUGGCUCGUAUCGGGAGGCGAGGAUGGUUUGCUCAAAAUCUGGGAUCUGCGCACUUCACGCGCCACUCGAAUCUACGACCACAGAGGUCCGGUCAACGACGUCGUCGUCCACCCCAAUCAAGGCGAGCUCGUCAGCUGCGACCAGAAUGGAAGCGUCAAGGUGUGGGACUUAGGCCAGAACGGAUGCAGCCACGAAUUGGUACCCGAAGAAGGCGUGCCCAUUCGAUCCGUCACUGUGGCAGCCGACGGAAGCUGUCUGGUCGCGGGCAACAACACAGGCAAAGUGUACGUCUGGAGGUUCAUCAACGGUGUCUACGAUGCGCAGCAGCAGCAGCAACAACAAGCACAGGUGGGCGGGCAGCCGCCAUCCCCCGCAGCAGCAGCAGGGGAUUUCACUGAGCUGCAACCGGUCACAACUUUCCAAGCGCACGAAAAGUACUUGACUAGAGUCCUUCUCAGUCCCGACGUUCGACACCUGGCCACAUGCUCAGCGGACGCUACAGUCAAGAUCUGGUCAACCUCGCGGUACGAGUUUGCACUCGAAAAGACACUCGUGGGGCAUCAACGCUGGGUGUGGGAUGCGGCGUUCAGCGCCGAUUCGGCUUACCUCGUCACUGCCUCUUCCGACCAUGUGGCGAGGUUGUGGGAGCUGGCAUCUGGUGAGACGGUGAGACAGUACAAUGGGCAUCACCGAGCUGCCGUGUGUGUUGCGCUCAACGAUGCUUCUCUGGGUGGACCUUAG